AUGAUAGCAAGCUUCUUUGACCAAUUCGCCAGCCCCUCAUAUCUAGGAAUGCCACUAAUUGCUAUUGCAAUUUCACUUCCAUGAGUACUUUACCCAACCCCCUCAUCUCGAAUAAUUAAUAACCGGUUAAUUACAAUUCAAGGAUGACUAAUUAACCGAUUUACAAAUCAAUUAUUAAUACCACUAAACAUAGGAGGACAUAAAUGAGCACUAUUGUUUACCUCAUUAAUAACCUUCUUAAUUACAAUUAAUAUAUUAGGCCUGCUACCAUAUACAUUCACACCAACAACACAACUAUCACUCAAUAUAGGAUUUGCUGUGCCACUAUGACUUGCUACAGUAAUUAUUGGAAUGCGAAAUCAACCAACAGUUGCCCUAGGACACCUUCUACCAGAAGGUACGCCAGUUCCACUAAUCCCAGUACUAAUCAUUAUCGAAACAAUUAGCCUAUUCAUUCGACCAUUAGCCCUCGGAGUCCGACUCACAGCCAACCUAACAGCAGGUCACCUCUUAAUUCAACUAAUUGCCACAGCUGUAUUUGUCCUUAUACCAAUAAUACCCGCAGUAGCAAUUUUAACCGCCACUGUUCUAUUCCUUCUCACACUACUAGAGGUUGCAGUAGCAAUAAUUCAAGCAUACGUGUUUGUUCUCCUACUAAGUCUUUAUCUACAAGAAAACAUCUAA